UCCACCAUGAAGCUACAAGCUCAUGCUAUCUUCGCUUUGCUGGCUUUUACCCUCAGCAUCCUUCUAACAGGGGUACAGAGUCAGUAUGUUCCAAAGACGUGUCAGUGCCCACAGGUUAAAAGAAGAGUCCAGGGCCCAUUUUCUGACCUCAAAGUCACACUAAAAGGACCAACGUGCUCCAAAGACGAGAUCAUAGUCACACAGCAGAAGAACAAAAAUCAAGUGUGUCUCAGUCCGGAGCAUAAACAAGGCAAGAUACUGCUGAAAUGUUGGCAAAGAAUGCAAAGGGAAGGAAAGGACAGCAAAAAAUGUCUACGCCGACAAAAUCCACAGACAAGGCAAAGAAAAAGGAAGCAAGUCAAAUCCAAGAAUGUCACCUCUUGACCUAAAAUUGAAAGAGCAUGGAGGCAGAAAAACUAAACAGAGAUUCUCAGGUGAAAAUACUCUGCACAGCCUGAACAACACACUGAACUGAGGGACUGUUGAACAAGCCAAGGAGAAAAGAGAAGGCUGACCUCAUGACAUGCGGAUGGAGGGCAAAGAGCCAGCAUGUAAUGACAGCAUGUUAUUACAGAGACAGUAUCAAAGUCAUGGGUAACACAAUAAGGUUCCAUUCGUUAGCAUUAUUUAAUGCAUUAGGAAUCAUGAACAAGCAGUUAACAAUAUAGUUUACAGUUUAUGUCAAUUUUUGUUAAUGUUUGUAAAUAAAAAUAUAAUUGUUCAUUGAUAUUUCAUAGUGCCUUAACUCAUGUUAACAUAUACAACUUUUGAUUUUAAAAAUGUAGGUGUAUUUGUUGAAAUUAACAUAAACUAAUAUAAAUAAAUGCGGUAAAAGUACUGUUCAUUGUUAGUUCAUGUUAACUAACGUUGCUAACUAAUGUUAAACCUUAUUGUAAAGUGUUACCAAGUCAUGUUAUAAGGAGAUAAUUCAAACCCCGCUAUGCAGUUCUAACAUACCAUCCAGUUUUAAGACAUUUUCAUUUGUGUGUAUUAUAAAUACAUGUGUUGAAGAAAAUGUACUUUGUACUGUUUAAUAUGAAAUAAUUAAAAAAUAAUAGCACACACAAAAGGAAAACUUUAAAGUGUUUCUGUACUUUCUUUUCUGAAAUAGGACUGAAUAUGCUAUACAUUUCUUAUUUUGCAUACCAGUUCCUUUCAACAGCUGGACAU